GGGAGAGUGUCGGUGUCGCGUGCUGGUCGGAAAGCCCAGAAAACGCACGUCAUCAAGAACAUCUUCUAAUCUUCGCUUGAGGGAUUCAAGCUUCUCGCUCAUGAGAAGGGACACGAUCGGCUGAGCUCUAAAAAAUGCGAUGCCACGAGGAGAUGGCGGGAGUGGUUGAGUUUCGGCAAGGGCUAAGCGAGUCAUGUGACCGUGUCCUCUGUCAACGACGUCGAUGAUCAACUGGCAAUCCCACUUGUCUCACGUCCGCAUGCGAUUUCAGCCAGUCAAUGGUCCGACCCGGAUCCAUCUCCAUUCUCCAGGCCAAUAUGUAGCCAACUCGGUUUAAUGAGUGUGGACAGUGGCGCACGGCUAGCACACAUUCGGAUCAUCCUUGAACCCCCCAAGUUCUCAUCAGCGGGGACCCGAAAUCACUGCGAUCUUCCGCGGACCGAGUCUCACGGUGCACGACAUAUAUAAAGGCUGCUCCCGCUAACUCCACCUGCGAUUACCUCCAUGUCCCCCAUCCACCCCUGGACACGACUCAUCCGCUUUGUCGCUGCGGAAACGGCGCAAGUGCACAUCGGUCAACCUGUCGACCCGAAGCUAGAUGUCGGUCUCGCAGCAUCGAAAGGCACGCCUAUCCGGGCCUUCGAGAUCCUUGGGUCUGCCCUGGACCCCGCCGCUCAGGUCACCGAGCGCAUCUUGACCGUACAACAGCUGCUGAGUCCGCUGUCCCGUGAGCAAGUGGGCUAUGUCCGGUGCCUGGGCCUCAAUUAUGCAGACCAUGCUGCCGAAGCCAACUUGCCCCCUCCACCCUUCCCGACGCUUUUCUCGAAGCCGGUGUCGUCCCUCAUUGGACCGAAUGCGCCUAUCGUGAUACCAAAGGCCGCACAACCGGUCGCAGAACAUUUCCCGGACUACGAAGUCGAAUUGGCGAUCGUGAUUGGAAAGGCCGCCCGCGAUGUGUCAGUAACCGACGCUCUUGACUAUGUGCUCGGAUACACCGGCGCCAACGACGUGUCUUUUCGGAAACACCAGUUCUUGGUGUCGCAGUGGACGUUCUCAAAGAACUUUGACGACUCUAACCCACUCGGUCCAUGCCUCGUCUCCACAACUGCCAUUCCCGAUCCCCAAACGAUACCGCUCAGGUGCACGCUGAACGGGCAGCUUGUGCAAGAUGGCAACACCUCUCAGCAGGUGUUCAAUGUCGCCCAGACAGUGGCUUACCUCUCUCAGGGCACCACUCUCGCUCCUGGAUCCAUCAUUCUCACCGGCACCCCAGCAGGAAUCGGGUUCGCACGGAAGCCGGCUUUGUAUCUCAAGGAUGGGGACCAGGUCACUGUGUCGCUGGGGAACGGAAUAGGCACCCUGGUGAAUGGUGUGCAAGAGGAAGGAAUGAUGAAAGCGAAGUUGUGAAUGCGCAGAUGUUCCGGAGCAAUCGUGUGAGGGGCUGCGGCGUCGAGCAUGAUCCGUGCUUGUACUUACUCGCACGGCCGUCCCUGUAUUCCAACCAUGACCUAUGGCCGACUAUGUACCUGUAUUAUACGAUGAAAGGCAAUCUAUGUACUGCACAGCACUACUCACUACACGACCACAUUGAACACUGUCUGGCGCAGAACGUGACGUCAGCUGGGAAGGUAGGGGAACUCCCCGCCUGCUCCCCCACUCUUCGCACGCCCUCCUGAAUGCCACGUGCUCCAUACCGGGAGACCCGACUUGAACCCGACCGCCAUCUACGUCGACUAUCGCACAAGCAUCCGGAUUCCGGACAGUAUGCCUAUUGUCCCUCAAACCGAGAAGGAACAAUCCAGUGCGCUCUUGUCUGAAUCGGAGAUCCCCCGCAAGUCAUUACAAAUGCCAUCUGCUCACCAUCCCAGACUACGUCGCGUAUUUUCGGUACAGCAAGGCUCCGUGCACACUGCAGAACAUGGGCUUCGAGUCGAACAAAAUGUGUAUCCAGGAACGAUCUUCAUGGCCUCCGACCCACAUGUGGAAGCAAUCACCAUUCGUCUCGCGCUCCGACCAAGCGGCCUGGUAAAUGAGCGAGCAGAGAUUGUACUGCGAGUAUUAGCUAAUUAGCUAUUGAGUAUACUCCAGCACGGCUGCGCAAACCUAGUAUUCUGUAUUUUCAAAUUGCGAUUAUAAUUACUUUUGAGAUUAUGCGAUGAUCAACAGGGAUCGUCAACAAUCCCUUUUACGCUGUGUCGGUCCUCGACCGGUGGCACAGCUCACACCGAGCUCCGACUUCCCCGAGGAGGAUUCGCCGUGGCGAAACUUCAGCCACUAAAGUCAAUCUGAC